AUGCCGCCCCGCAAAUCCAACUCGCGUAAGAGCGAUACCUCUACCGCACGCUUUGUACCAAUGGACGAUGCCUCCCCCCUCGGACAAAGUCCAGCACCCGCACCCGCACCUACACCAGCUGAUGCCUCUGUAACCACGCAAGUACCUGCAUCCGCAUCGGCACCCGAAUCAGCUUCAGUACCUGCGUCCACAGUUGUUGAGAAUGCCGGCACCGAGGCUGAAGCUGCAGAGAGAUCUUCUCCGGUGCAGACAUCUGACAAGAAGGAUAAGGAUAAGGACAAGGACAAGGAGUCUAAGGAGCCUAAAGAGCACACCACUAUUGAAGAUCUGACCCUUCCCAAAUCCAUAAUAACACGGCUGUCCAAGGGCGUUCUACCCCCAAACACACAAAUCCAGGCCAACGCUAUUAUGGCCCUGAGCCAGAGCACCACAGUGUUUAUCAACUACCUAGCCUCACAUGCCAAUGAGAACACCGUGAAUGCCGGCAAGAAGACAAUCUCCCCCGCAGAUGUUUUCAAAGCCCUUGAGGAGACCGAGUUUGCUUUCCUCAAAGAGCCUCUCGAAGCCGAAUUUGCCAAGUUCAACGCCAUCCAGACCGAGAAACGCACAUCAUACCGUCAAAAGGUCCGCGCCAAGAAGUCGGACGGUCCGGACACCGAUAUGCCAGACACUUCCCACGUCGAGACUGAUGCAGACGGGGAUACGACCAUCGCCUCGACAGGCCCCCUCGCCAAGCGUCCCCGUGUCGAGUCUGGAAACGCCGAGGUCGAAGAGGAUGCCGUGACGGAGGAUGAGGUAGAAAUCCCUGAAGAUUCUGAUGUCGAUGUCGAAGCAGACGAGGAGGAAGAUGAGGGCGAGGGCGAGGGAGAAGCCAGUGGCGACGACACACAGGAUGCCCUCGAGCUUAAGGAAGGGAAAGACGAGAGGGAUGAGGCCUUGGAUGGAGAUGAGAGUGAUUAG